AUGAAGAGACUGAAAUUGCUCCCACUCAACCAUGUAGAACUCACUGGAGACUACAGCUAUCUUUCCAAAGAUUUAAGAUGGCUCUGCUGCCGGGGAUUCUCUCUAUCAACUAUACGUAAUGAAUUUCUUAAUGACCAAAACCUGGUUUCUAUCGACCUGUGGUACAGCAAUCUCGUACAAAUUUGGGAGCAUUCCAGGUUGCUUAGGAAGUUGAAGAUUCUUAAUGUCAGUAGUAGUGUUCAUAGCCUUCCAGAACGACUGUGUUUCAACAUUUGUAAAAACCUACCUGAAAGCAGAGACUUACCUCCCUGCACUGCACUGGAAAAAGAAAAAGCUAGUCAACUGGAGUGCUAUAUGAGUCAUUUUGACAAGAAGAAAAUGCUAGACAACUGGAGUGCUGCAUGA